AUGAACGACCACGUGCCUGGGGUGAAAGCCAAGUACGCGACUGUGUGGGGGUGUUGCGCUGGAAUAUUUUUGUUCAUCGCCCAGCUGAAUGUACUGGCGAUUUUGACACUAAAUCAACGGGAAUGCAUGAUUUGGCAAGCGACUGCAUUUCAUUUUUGCGGCAACAGGGACGUUGUGUUCUGGUUUCGUGCAAGUUUCUCCGCAUGUUGCAAUGAAUUCGGCGCAGUGGACUCCGUUGAUGCUGCUGGGGCGAGUGGCGCUGAACCAGCGGUCAGGACAUUGAAGACGCGUGCGGCAUCAUUUGGUGUUGUUGACUUGUUGACCUGGGGGAUUUUGGAUCGAUUCAGCUAA